CACGGCUUGUACACCGAGAAAUUCUACCCCUCUACUAUUCCCGACCUUAAUCUCAUACGCCAAUUAAUAUCAAGAGAGUAAAGUAGAACAGCAACACAGCAACACAGAAACAUAUUUUUCGAGAGAAAGCACGAAUCAUAAAUGUUAUGUGACACCUCCAUAGCAAAGCCCCGACAUUCGUAAUUCGGCAUCGUGCAUAUGGCCCUAGGAGUCUAGGAGUCUAGGACGUCCGGUUUAAGAGGGCGUACAACUACUCCUACUCCUACUCCUACUCCUACUCGUACGAGCACGAGCACGAGCACGUGAACCUGGAGCCCAUUCCCGUCCAAUAUAAAAACUCCAUGUAAACCUCCCCGCACUCUACGGAAUUCUUAAUAACUUGGAUCUUGCCCUGGAAUUCCAUUGUCCGGACUGUCUUAUAAUUCGAUAGCAUCUAACGCCUCGUCCCACUAUGGUGAGCCAAUCAAGCAUCUUCCUCCGUCUCCCCCUGGAGAUCCGUGAGGAGAUCUACCUCCAACUGCUGCUCUUCCGCGACGACGUCGGUGUCCAAUCUCUGACUCCCAAGCUCGACAGGUGGAUCAAGGCGAUGUGGGAUGAUCCCGGGUCGACCUUCUGUGGCGAUGAGAAUGACAUUGUGCCUCGGGGAAGGACCAGUAUCCUUUGCGUAUCUAAGCAGGUCAGCAAGGAGGCCCUCGACGUGUUGUACCAGCGCAAUACCUUCGUCAUACAUACGCACGCUGAUUCUCACGAUAAAUUUCUCAAGUUCGGAACCGUCAACAUACGGCGCAUCCGCUCCUUGAGACUUGUCACGCACCCUCAAGAGCUUGGGUACAUGGAGCCUGUCAACUUCGACCCCAGGAUAUGGGAUCCGCUUCUUACAGAUUUGACACAUCUUUCACUCGUUCUGCAACAGCCGUGGAAGGCUCGGGGACAUUGUGACCCAUCCGGUAGUAAGGAGAAGUUCCAGAAUUGUAUUGAUGAGGAACUACAGAAAUGGCUUGCUUGGCUAGAACCGAUCUUACAAUACUUCGCCAGCAAUAUUUCCGAGAGAACCACGGUUACCAUCGACGAUAAUGAGUUGGCGGAGACGAGCGAGGUCGUGCAUAAAUGCUUCCGUGCUGGUUACCAGAGGGUGCAGACUGAGAUCGGAGACAGGAUCUUCGAGAGGGCGUUACCAUCUGAGGAGUCUGAUUACUGGUACGACGACUAUGAUAUGGAUUCUACAUGUGGCGGCACCAUCAACGAUUGGUCAGACUAGGAUCGAAACAAUUCUUUAUUAUCCGGGGCGUCAUUUUCGGGGUACAAAAUGCACCAAAAUCAGCAGCAUGUUCCUUUUUCAGCAAUCUCAUCUCUCAAGGGUAUUUCGGUUGGUUCCUUUUUGUCUAGGCUAGUUCAGUGACGUGUGGAUUUGGAUUCGGGGUUAGGAAUUGGGUAUGG